UUGCAACUCCAGUGUAUCCCUAGUAUAAAAGUGAGUACUCUCAUAUACAAACCUGCAUGUGCUUUUUGCAGUAGUAGAGAUCCAGUGGAAAUUACACAGCAGCUAUGCCUAGUAGGGUUAGGCCGAAAAAGAAGAACACUGCAUCUUCUGCAGGCAAUAGGUGUGGGAGUAUAAGCCAGGCUUGCAGUGACCAGAUGAUUGUAUCUAGUAUUGCAACCAAGGAAAAAAAGUGUCAGGUAGAUCAUGUGGGAAAUUCUUCACCAUCAAAAUCUGCAUCAACAAGCAGAUCAUCAGUAUCCAUAUCCACUUCUGAAUCGCAGUUAAACAAGCAAACUUCUCAAGACGUAAAUCCAAUGUGUGUUGCUCUUGAAAGAAACAAACGAUUACAAGCUACGUUAAAGAGUGGAAUUGGUCAAGUGGGAGUAAUAGCCUCUGUCAGCCCAAUGAAUAAAUGGAUUAUUGAGCUGAGGUUAUGGAACUCAAAGUUACAAAUGAAAAUUCUUCAAGGAAAGUUGGAAGAAUGCCGACUGCAGGUUUCAGAAAGGAGGUUAAGUCUAGGUACUUCAAAUUCUGAAUAUGAGAAACUACGGAAAGAGGUAUCCCUCCUAGAAGAGUGCUUGGCUGAGAAUAAGGCAAAAGCUCAGCUCCCUCCAAAGCAGGUGGCUGCUUUGGUACCUAGUACUUGCUAUAACGAUCAAUUUCACUUUUCGAGAUCUGAUUAUUUGAUUUUUGAACAUUUUGGUGAGGAUAUUGAUUUGUUUAACUUGGACAAAGGGAUUGCAGUAGAUGGUCCACUCCUAAAAUUCCGUGAUCUAUUUCAUCAUCUCUUAGAAUGUAGAUAUGGGCAUUUGUCAGAGAAUCAGCUUUUUGGCAAUCCGAAUCAAUCUGAUGACAGUAUUGAAAGCAAAGAUGGUGACAAUACUAGCCAGAUUAUUUUGUUGCAUGACUUCGAAAGUAUUGGAAAAUGUUCCGUUGUGCAAAAGUUUCUAGAUUUUUUCUCGGCACACUUUGAAUCUUGUCCAAAAGAACUUGUCAGUCAAUUCCUUAGAUCUUUCUCAGAAUUAUUCAAGGAGAAGAAGGAUAUAUUUGAUACCGAUGAUUUUCACAGGGUGGUCAUUGAUUGCGUAACAGCAUUUUGCUUGUAUCUCAUUGAUUCUCGUGUCAGAGUGAUGGAAGUGUUGGAGCAAAUCGAAACAGAUGUACACCAAGCGACAACUUCAUAUAGCUUCCUUCAAAAGCCACCAGAAGAAAACCAGCAGCAAGAAAUUAAUGAUUUUCUCAAACAGAUACAAAAUCUCAACAAACAAUACGAAAAAUGUAACAAAGAGUCCAGUGAAUACACACCUGAGAAACAUCAGCUUUACCAAUCACAGAUUUCAUUAUACACAAGAAUAUUGUCAUUCAUUAAUAAGCAAUUGAUCUCACUAGACUCCAGAAAACAGGUGGAAGAGUACCUAAACUCAAACAAGAAUCACUAUUCAUACUUGCAGGAGUAUCUAAGCCAUUUAAGUGCACUGCUGUCGCCCAUGCUACAACGCUACACUAUUUCUUAUGAGCAUAAGGAUGACUAUCGAAUCUUCAAUGUGAAGUUUGUGGCUGGAACUUUUGUAGGAGCAGAUGCAUCCCUUAAAGAAUGGCUAGAAAAGUACCCAAUGAGGCUAAAACCAGGAGACCAUCUCAGAUUUUUUGCUGACUCAGUAGUGUAUGCUGAUACGAACAUAACACUUCCAGGAAUUAGUUUUGCUUGCAUUUCACCUAAAACUGUCUGCACUAACAAACCUACAAUCAGUAUUAACACUGAUGGACUACCUAUAUCAGAAAAUGAUCGCCCAGGCACUGCGUUUUCUGGGGAGGCUGGUAACGAGCACAGUCAGCAAGGAAAACCGGGCUCGGAUGGGGAUAACGGUCGCUAUGGAAACCCUGGUGGUCACACCUUGUUGGUCAGUGGCAGCCUAUGCCCAUCUAAUUGGGUUCUUUCCGCCAAUGGAAGUCGAGGGGAAAAUGGUCAAAAUGGAGGCAAAGGCGGAGCUGGUUGGUCGCCCUGCUAUAAAGGACGUGAUGGGGAGGCCAAAGAAUUUAAAACUAGUUGGAAACAUAGUGUCAUUAUUAGCUAUGGAACGUUUGGUAAAAACGGAGGCCAAGGGGGUGAUGCUGGAAUGGGUGGAGCUGCUGGAAAAUCAGGAAUCAGCGGUAAAAUUCAAUUAAUUGAUCUUGAAAACGAUCAAAACUGCAGAGCAACUCAAAAGAAAAUCGAAGAUGGAAUACUAGGCAAUCCAGGCCUAUCUGGCAGGGGAGGAAGGCACACAAGACAUGGUAAAGACUAUGGGGCGUAUGCAAAACACCCAAAUUGCAUCCGUACAUUUGGGACUUUUCUCUUUCGAAGGGAUUACAGGAAGAAAAAAACAGUCGAGGGGAAAUUGAGACACAAUUCUAUUCCGAGGAAUCAUGGGUCUGGAAAAUGGUACGAGUGUAGAGGAAAGUCACUACCAUAUCAAAUGAAGACCGGAAGUCACCCUGAUUUUACUAGUUUUUUGAGAGGAAGGAAUAUAAAGGGGAAAAAUGCUCAAGUUAAAGUGAACCACGCUGUAGCUAAUGAAAACAAAGCGAUUGAUAAGUGUGCUUGCUUCCAUUCUAUGCAGGAACAGUGUCAACAAUCUCUGCAACAUUGGAAUGCUAAAUCUCAUGCCAGUUUCUUGAGUGCAUUCGCACAGAAAAUAGGAGAGGUUUUGAAAGGAAAUUUUACUGUCUUAAAACACAGUGAGAUGAUAAGAAAUAACAGUGAAGCUUGGAUCACUCGCAUUCACAGUCAAUCUGCAUCUCUACAGAGGAGUAUGCAACAGCAAACUACAACAGAAAUGCGACGAGAACGAGCUCAACUAAUGCAAGACAUAGAGGAAAAAAGCCAUCAUAAAACGUUGGGUUAUCUUGGAACAAAUGGUGACAGCUCAAAAGUGAUCCUUGAUCUGUCUUCACUAAAAACCUGUGCAGGAAAGUAUUUAAGCCGCCUCACAGUGGAAUUAUUUUUAUCUGACGAUAGUAGUGACACUAUUGUGAAUCAGAUGAUGUUGAACAUUUCCGAAGGAGAAAUAUUCAUUUCAAAUGGACCCCCCAGCUUGAUGAGAACACACAAAGCUACUGAUUACUUUCGUAUUCUCAAACAAGGUAGUGACCGAUACCAGUAUUACCAUGUUGGCUCUUACUCAGGGAGAUCGAUCCAUGAUCAGUCACUGCUGGCCAUAUUGAACGAUAUUGAGAUUGAAGACAAUCAAAUUCAAGCAAUUCCACGUGAUAAUAUGCUCUACUCUCAAAUGGCGACUUGGAUACGAACCAACUAUGGACCUAAGGCUGUUCCAUGCUGCAAAGAACAACUAUGCUGUAUUUGGAAACUGAGACUGUUAAUUGCAAUCAGAAAAACGUAUUUGAUGAUUGGUGGAAAGUAUUAUCAAACUCAACAAUUUCAGUAUGUUCAAAAGCUCUAUGCUCAAUGUGUUGACGAUGUUAUCACAGCUACAUCUUGUGACAAACUUAGCACUAUCCAAAAAGUCUUACUUAGCGAACAACUUUUAAUUUUACCGUUGGACACUUCUUGGAUUAGCACAAGGUCAUUCUGCAAUGGAACAUCAUUGAAGCUGAAACGAGCCAUCAAUCUUUUCAACAAGGUCCCAUCCUCUGAGAAUUUCUUUACAUUGUUGUCAAGCAUUCGUGUAUGUCAUCAAAACUACUUCACCGAAUCACAUGAUAGCUACAUUGAGUACCUUAGCUCAGAAACGGUAGUGGAUGGGCUGAGGGCAUUCUAUCAUCAAGUUUGUGGCAUACUUCGAAUACUUUGUGAUAAUAAACAAAUUAGAGAGGGUUCUGAGGAGAUACCUUGUGUGACAGCAAGUCAAUCUUUGAUAGAAAAUAUCCACCUGUUGCCAAAAAUCAACUGUCGUGACAAUCAAAAGGCCUUCACUGACUUUUUGGUUAAAUUAAAAACUAACCCUUUUCCAGUUUAUAGUGUAAUUGACACAUUUUUUGUAGAUCUAGCUCAAUAUUUCCAGAGCAUCACUGGCAUACAAGUGCCUGAUUUGCAGUCUCAGAAUUCAGUAUCUCGUGUUAAGUUUGUGGAUCUUUAUGCAGCAUUUCAGGCAUUUCCUAGUGCCCUUACACUGACAGCAGCAAUGUCUGUGUGUGCCCGCUCAAAAAUGAUUGUAGCAAAGUUUCCAGAUGAAAUUCUCAAUCUUUUGUCUUGGUUGUUUAAUGCUCUACAACGCUAUUUCCACUCCUUUGAAGCCGAUACCAAUAUUAAUGACUUUAUUCAGCGACUAAAUGAAGAUGGCUUAAACAUAACAGCUCUGCUAAAAAUUGCAUGUCGUAUUGUUAAAACUUCAGAGACAAACCUCUUGCACUCAACUGUUGAGAGUUUCCUGCAGAUUCUCCAAAGUAUUACAAUUAUUGAACAAACAUGUGCUGGUGAAAUGGAAUCGUGUAAUCAGUCACUCUUACAGCAGGAUGUUUCGAUGUCUGUAUUAGAUGUGGAGUAUUUGAUAAAAGAGACGAGUGCUAACACAAAUGAUUCUGUUCGUGAAAGAGCAGACUGCUUCAGUAAACUAUUCAGAGUACUAGGUCGCUACCCCCUCUCACAGCCAUCACCUCUUUUAAAACACUGGGAGCUGCAUAUUCAAAAGCAGUUACAAUUUAUCUCCGACAAAAGAACUAGAGCAACUGCUACCUGUAAAGUAUUGGCACAGUUGUCCUCUACGCUCAAGCAAGGUGUUUCACUGUUACAACUAAUGCAAAAGCUGCUAGACAUCAAAGAGAUGGUUUGUGCUGCAACGAGUAUUGAAGAUUUUUCUUCAUUGUACAAUGCAGAGGGAAAAGAAGAGAAGUGCAAACAAUUCCUAUUUUGUAAGUUGUCCCUUAGUAAUCAAUUCGAUUCAUCUUCUUGCCUUAACACGUUAGUGCAUUGGAUCUAUCCUGACCUAAGCAUUCAAACAGAACGAAAAGUUCAUGUUGUACUCGAGAGACUCCCACCACAACACAAGGUUGUUUUCCAAACACAGGAACCUAAUGAGGAGGAUAAUAUCGAUUGCCACACGCUAGUCCUCUACCCAGAUGGUGGUCAGUGGGGGUCGUGUACAUUGUCAGACAAUAAGCCACAUUCCUUAGUAUACAGAGAGGUGUCUGGUGACAUCAUUUUAGAUGCUCUCCGAAUGAAUAUGAAAGAAUUACUUGAGAAAGAAAAAGACCAAAUAAUUUUGAGCCAAGAAGAAGCUGCUUGUCUUCUUGGAAGACUAGGAUAUGAGAACGAGUUUUGCACCCACUUUAAAGUUGACUUUUGUGGCCAAGUUCUCGUAGAUGAGCAUAAUGCGAAUGUAUACAUUGAAUGUAUCGAUUUACGAACAUGCUUGUGUGAACAGAUUGAUACAGAAGAUGUCAAAGAUGAACACUUAAAGGACAAAGUCAUUAUAAUACAAUGUUUAUGCAGGGACAAGGCUCUAGAAAUAGUGAAAACACUUCAAAUUCUUGAACUUACUGAAGAUGAUAUCUCAAUGAUACAAUCUUCUGUUGCUGCUUGCGUUAUCAAGCACCCCUCAAAGCCAGCUAUUGUGUACAAUAUUGAAAAAUGUGAAUCUAUAGUGGAUACUGAGUUUACCUACUCGCUACCACUGGUAACCAAUACAAACGAGAAUCCUAUUAAAAAUCUUCUAUUGGUUUCUAACCUACUGAAUAAGUAUGAUCAGCUAUAUCAAGCAUCAUUACCAACUUCUCUGCUUAACACAGCACUCAAAGCUGCCAUACAAGAUUCUCCCACUGUCCUUUAUGACAAAGAUGUACCAAAGCUAGUGAGAUUGAUUCGUCGACAGUUUGUUAAAGAGUGUAUUAACUCACUUCCUUGUGACCUGCAAUGUUUUCAGAUGAUGAAACAACUAUUAGAGGAGAUUUUGUCGCCAGCCUGUGAAAGCAUAGUUGUUGAAGAUGUCCAUUUGUUGGGAAUGGAAUUUUACUUACAGUUUCUGCUGAUUGAGGAUAGAAAGAGGAAACACAAGGGUCAUGUGAACAUAGAUGACACUUAUUUGCAACUUUGGGAGAAUGUUUUGAAGGCGGAUAAUUUCUCAGUUUACACUGCAAAGUGCCUUUGUUCAGCAUUUGCAUACCUUCGUGAGUCUGAAAAUGUUAACGCUUACUUAACGUUUGAGAGUGCUCACUCUCAGUUUCAAAUGUAUAGCAAUAUAUCCGAAGGAUUAAGGAUUAUUAUCGAGAAAAGUCCAAAUUUAAACAAACCACUUAGCUCUGAAAUAGAACAAUUGUUAAGUAGAAUCCCCAAAUUUAAUAAGUACCACAGGAUCAAUGUGUUCCUAGAAGUCAUUAAAAAGAUGGAUGAUGAACAAAAUCUUUAUACACUAAUGAGCAUGAUUCGUUCAAUAGAAGAUCUACAUGAAAAAUUUCUUAAAAUUGAAUGUGUCGUCAAUUGCAGUCUUUCAAACGAAUUAUGUCUUGAGAAUACGCUGUAUUCUUCGGAGUUUUACUCCCACGUCUCAACGAUAUUACUUUUAUGGACUAAUGAAAGAUUAUACAAAAUGAUGGAAUUUUUUCACGUAAUUCUUUCUGAUAAAAUCUUCAAUCACGACUCAAGGAAAGAGUUAGUCAUGCAUACACUUUCAUUAUGGGUAACAAGCAAAUCAGAAACAGCGUUCCAACAAUGUGCCUGGGAUAACAUCCAUGAUUUGCUUUUAAUAGGGAAUAUGCUCACAAAAUCGUUACAAGCUGAGCUUCUGGAACAUUUGCCAUUGUUUACUCAAAAUGAUUGUACUGAUCUACUAUCAAACUUGCUUACCAUCAUCCAAGUUAUUAAAGUCACUCCAGAUCUAUUGCCAGUAGUUUCUAUUCUACGGCAAGUUCCCAGUGGCCAAUGGCUCUCAAACUUGCUUGCAUUCAACUUUGUACGAGUCUGCACUGAUCAUUUUAAAACUAACUCCAUUCACCUUCAUGAUAGGUUGAUGGGUAUCGAUACCAAGCUUUUGCAAAUUCUGUACAAUGUUUUCACGAAUGAUCAGUAUCAUAAAGCUGAUCCAAACUCGACAGUUGGCAUACUUACCCUUGCUCAGCUUAUCACUAUUAUAGAAUGGCUACCUUUUGUUGAAGUGUGUCCUGAAGUCUCCACUUCGUUAUGUAAUACUUCAAUGCCACUUUGGGAGAAAGAGCUAGCGGUGAUACAUUUCAAGCAAUAUCUUGAUCACUGGGCUGACAUCACAAAAGCUGUAAAACAGAGAACAAUGUACUUGAUGAAUCGGGUUCGGCUUGAAGCUGGCAUCCCUCACUUAGAAUUUAUGUCUCUCCUGUACACUAUGAGAAGCAAGUAUAUCAGCAGUGGUGCUAAAGAUAACGGGUUUCUGAUGACUCUAUUUGAAGAUCUGUAUUACAAGAGAGUUACUCUGCAGGAUAUUAGCUCUAUCAUUGUAGAUCGUGACUAUCUUGAUUGGUUACCUGCACUGAGGGAAAUAGAAAGUAACAAGCAAAGUAGGAAGCCACAAGGAGUUAGUGAGAUAAUCGACCUCAUUGAGUAUCAAAUGAAAAUUGGGAAUUUUGCCAUCAGCCCUCGUGAACUAGAGCAAUUCAAAGGAGAAGCAAUGGAAAUCAUUGACCGUAUUGAACAUUGUUCUAAGCAACCCUUGCCUAGUAAGCAACAACUGAGAAGGUUUUUUGAAACUCUUCAGAAAUGUGUUUCUGUUGAUGAGAAAGAUGAAUGGCUUAAGAAACACCGCGUGCAGUUUGUUGUACACAUAGUACUAGCUUGGAUGUUAGCUACAUCGACAACUUCAAUACAAGUACCCUACAACACACAAAUUGUGUCUCUUUUGCUUUUUUUGCAAACAAGCAACAAAGGCCUCCUUCAACAGGUUAAGACAGGGGAAGGGAAGACGCUGAUUGUUGGAAUGCUUGCAGCUGCUAAAGCUCUGCUUGGUUGUAAGGUCGAUGUUGUGUCGAGCAAUAGAGAUCUGGCUAAAGAUGGAAGAGAAAAGUGCGAGAAAUUCUUUGAUAUUCUUGGACUUAUGGCAGCUGUUAACUGUGGAGAGGAUGAUGACACCAAUCAACAGGCUUACAAUUCACACAUAGUGUAUGGUGAGGUUGGUUCAUUCCAAAGGGAUGUUCUAAUUGAAGAAAACAAUCCAGGUGACACAAACUUCAGUGCUCGCUAUUCUAAUUCCGAAAGAAAUUGUCUGCUCGUAGAUGAAGUUGAUAGCAUGUUCCUUGAUAAAGGUCGGCACAUGCUGUAUCUGUCUCACGAGAGUCCGGCUUUGAAACACUUAGAAUCUCUCUUUGUAACAAUAUGGUGUUCUGUUCUAAACCUUAACCCACAAAGUGAGGACAGAGAUACUUCCUUUGAAACAAUCUUGAACGAGCUAGCAGAUCAUUUAAUUGCUUUGAUUGAGAACGAAACAAUCUCUGUCCCCGAGUAUUUAGAAGGAUUCUGUCGGCACAAGAUAAAAGCCUGGGUUCGAAGUGCAUACCAAGCCCGGUUUAUGGAUGCAGAUGAUCAGUUUAUCCUCGAUCAUAAAAAUGAUGAACAAUCUGCUGAUAGGCAUAUUUUCCCCAUCGAUAAACAAACUGGCACUGAACAGUACAAUAUGAAAUGGAGUAACGGUUUGUCACAGUUUCUUGAACUCAAGUAUCGGCUUCCUCUUUCAACUGAGAGUCUAAAAGCUGUUUUCAUAUCAAACAAGAGGUUCUUCAAAAAAUACAAUGAGCAACUCUAUGGCCUGACCGGCACCCUUGGUUCUGUUUCAUCACGUAGGCUGCUCGAAACAGUUUACACAAUCAGAACAGUGGAGCUUCCAACUAACCGAGUCAAAAGAUACUCACAAGUCAAGUCUCAUUGUGCCUCAAAUGAGGAAGAGUGGUUUAAACAAAUACAAACCGAGAUAUCUUCUAAGACUGCAAGCCAACCUAUAUUGGUCAUUUGUGAGAACAUUCGUCAGCUACAGCUGUUGAAAAACUACCUACUAACUCAUGCUGUAGUUACUGAAGAGCAUAUCAUUGAUUAUGCCCGCGAUGGCGAUGAUGUUGAAAACAGAUUUAAACAAAGUGGUGCUCAACCUGGACAAGUUGUAUUGGCCACUAAUAAGGGAGGACGUGGAACAGACAUCAUUAUCAAAGAAGAACAAGUUCCUAAAGGUUUGCAUGUGAUACUAAGUUUCCUGCCCGAGAAUACAAGAAUAGAAGAGCAAGCAUUUGGGAGAGCUGCUCGUGCCGGACAAGCUGGAAGUGGCUGUUUAGUUGUUCCAAUUGAUUACAGAGAGUAUCAAGAUGAAAUUGAAACUUUUGGCUCUCUUGAAACUGCAACUGAAGUAAUAGUAGAAAUGGAGAAGAUCAAAAGAGACCAAGCAGAGACUGACCGACUUGGUUUACUGUUAAUUGAGGGAUUACCUAAACUUGAUCUCGAAGAAAAUAUGUACUUACUAUUCCAGGAAUACAAAAUAGCAUUUGCUUCAGCUCUAAAUGCUAGCAGUACUAAAUUGUUUGAUAUUGCGAUCAUGAACCUCCAAGACUGCAAAAGAGCUUGUAUUGCAAUCAUGACUGAUCGCUGGGCUUAUUGGUUAGACUCAAUGCGCACACAAAUACAGGCAGCAAACAGUCAAGACAAAAGACAGCAAGUUCAAGAUCUCUUUAACAAAGAGUUUCCUCUUGAAGAGCUAUCAGUUGUUUCAAUAGCUUAUGACUCACCAUUUUUCAAGAUACCAGAAGACUACAUUCAACUUGGCCAAGCUUUUCUCAAAGAAAUUGAAAAGGUGAAUGAUGAUUUAAUAAAGAAAAUCUACUAUGCUGCUCAAACUUGUUUUGAUAGAGCAAUAUAUAGAGGUGAUAAAACAGGAUUUCCUGCAAUGGCAGCUUGCUAUUGCUUCAUUAAACUUAACCCUGAAGCAACAGUUAAAAAUAAAAAGAGAGUCUGCCACUUUCUGAAAACUGCAGAGAUUCAUCUGAACGAGUUGCGUAGAAGUUGGAUGUCUAAUGGAGAAAUUAGUCGCUUGCUUUCUGAUCUCAUUGACGUAAGCCAGUAUGUUGAUUGCAAAGAGAACCAUUAUUUACAGCAGACAGAAGAAAAGAUCAAAGUUAUUGGGUUACACUUAAACAUCAUCAAGACAUUGUUGGGAAGUACUGUUGAUGAGUGCUCAUUUGCUGAAAAAUCUACUUUAACUAAUGAGAAAUUAACUAAAAAACAGUCAGAGGAAAUCUAUCACAAGUUGGUUGCUCACAGAAUUAUACACCACCAUAAAGUAAGAAAGUGCUGGAAAAAAGUGGAUAAGCUGAAGCAUCUUCUCUACAAAAAGCUUGAUCCUCACAUUGCAGACCAUUUAAUGAGUCUUGUCCCCACAAGUACCAGUAUCAGCGAAAGUGAUAUCUCAAAGUUUGUUUUCAGCAGUGAAGAUCUUUGGAGCGUUCUCAGUCCACUAAUGGGGCAGACCGAAGAGGUCGUAGUUAUCGAAGUUAAACAAGUGCAAACAAAACUGACUAGUGAUGAGCAAAUAGAGAACUGGACAAAGUUUGUAAAUCAGUUCAAAUCUCAGGAAACUGAUUGUCAAAUCGUACUACCAUCUCAUGAUCCAAUCCUUCAGAAACAAGAAUAUGUAAAUCUAAUUUCACACUUGAGGGAUAACUGCCUUGUUGUUGAGACUAGGAGAGGUUUACUCAUUGAAACAGCUUGCGAGUGUAUACUUACUCUAGAAAUUGGUGUCUACAAAGAUAUUGAGAUCUCCAGGGAUGGUGGUCACCUCAAGUUACGUGCAUUCUUGGCAGAAGUGUUAAAGCACUGCUGUGAGAAUGAAAGUCGUUAUCUCUACGAACACAUGCUACCUUAUGGAAAGAAAUCACUGGAAGCAAAGAAAAUUCAUGUGUUUCUUCAGGAAUAUGGAAUCUUAAAGUCUGGCCAACUUGCUGUUAGAAAUAAAUACAACAUCCGUGAUGAUGAAUUGAGGUCACUGACAGAGGAAGCGAUAGGUAAUGGGUACACUGAAGAACAGACUAGUUUCAUCUUAAACGUCCUUCAAGGCUUACAAGGUGAAGUUUGUAAAUUUGAACGAGACAUGAAAGUCGGUUUUGUUGAGUUCAGUGAACUUGACCCUCGCCCUGAUGAAAUUCCUCAAGCACUAGAGUUUUUUAUUGCAUGGCGUAUAGAUUACUUUUUAACUGUGAAACAAGAAGUUAAAAAAAGAUGGUGCUGGGAUUGGAAUGCCUUUGCAUGUGCUUUGAUUGGUCUGGCUCAGGUCAUUGGUGGGGCAGCUCUAAUGGUAAUAACAGCCGGAGCAGGUGCUCAAAUAGGAGCUGCACUGAUUGCCGAAGGAAUCAAUGACAUGGUAUACGCUACUAUUGCUGGACUAACUGGGACAUUUAGUUGGAAAGACUGGGCAAUACAGAAAGCUAUUAGCAUUGCCAUCUCUAUAGCAACUGUUGGCAUUGGCAUUGUGGCAUCUGGUGGUAGUACAGCUGCUAAACUUGGCUCCCCUUCUACACUGGGAGCGUUUGGUAAAGUCAUGGCUAAAGCUGCCGGCCAGUUUGCUAUGAAAGCUGUGACAGGAAUAAUUUCAGACGUAGUUUUGGCUAAAGUACAACAGCAAAUAGUUGACGGUGUUGUGGAAUUUAUACAAAAUAACAUCUUUUCAAAGUUGAGAGAUGAAUUACUCAAGCUUUUAACGAGAUUGUAUGAACAAGCCGAUUCUGAUGAUGCUUUCCAUGCCAAGUGUCAAGAUAUUCGGAUGCGUUUAGAAAAUGCUAUACUCAAACUACUGCCAGAUCACGUUGAUCGAAUUGUUUCUGAAAUAAGCACUUGCUUGAGUAACAGCUUUGAUACACUUGCUGAUAACUUGAGCAGAUCUAACUCAAAUUUGGCCAAAAUAGCAGGAAAUGCUGCAAAAGCUGUUAAAAUAGCAGAAACAAUUCACUCGGCUGUAAAGAAAGCAGUGAAAGUGUAUCACCUAGUGUCAGCUGUGGUUGAAGUAUUGGAAGAAACCCAAGAUACAACCAAACACUCCGGUCGUGGAAAGCAGAAUUCUAAUAAACACUCUGGCAAUAAAAAGAAUGGGCAUGCUGUAUUGCAAGAUAAUCUGGAAUCUAUGUGUCCUCUCAGUGGAAACAUGGAUGCUGUUACUGUACAUGUAACAGUAGUAGAAUUAGAGAUUGGCCUUGCUAAUGAGAGUCUAGUUUCUCGGGAGUUAGCUGAUAUUGAACGAGCCUACAUGGAUCCAAUAAGAAUGAAGCUGCAAUCUACACUGAAAAAAGGCGUCGACAAUAUUGUCAGAAAAGGUGUCAAACAAGUAGCAAAGGCUUCAAAGAAGGCUAUCACAAAAUGCGUAAAAAGUACAUUCACUAAGUCUCCAUCUGAAGUUGUGAAAGAUCUAAGUCAAAAAAAUAAACGUACAAAGCAAUCAACAGUAGCAGAUCAUGAAGAUAUGAUCAAGCAAGCUACACCUUCUCAACAACAGCCUCAUUCUACAGAAGCUGAUGAAAAACUUAAAGCCCAUCAAAAGCGGAGAGAUGAGUUUAAAGAAAGCAUUUGUGAUCCAUCAAACCACCAAACUCUUACGAUGCAAAUCCCAGCUCAACCAGCACAUGGUUCUAUUGGCAGCAAUGGAAAUGGCCAACAGGCAGUGCCUCAUCAGGGCCAUCAAAAUCCUGGCAAUCUUGCUGUUCAAGGUGUUGUACAGCAAGGAGGUCGAGAUCCUUCAAAUUCCAGAAGUACCAAAACAAGUCCACAUGAUAUAUUGUUACUGAAACAUUCCGAAGAUUAUAGGGGAGAAAAAACACUCAACAGAGAACAUAAGCAACACAAGAUGGAAACUGAAAUUGAACGAAUGGUACCACCACCUAAGUGUCCAGACUCUAUCUAUACAUUUCAUGCAUCUGCAAAUGCUGGUGUGAAUGCAGGGGUCAAAGCGGCCAAUCUAGUGGAUCGAAAGUACAUCCAUGGGAAUACUGCUGUAUCUAGCCCUCCAUAUGAGUUGAAACAAAGACAAGAAAAAGGCUUAGUGAAGGGAAAGCAAGAUGCUGAAUUCAGAUGUGGAUCAGUAGAGGUGGAUGAUGCACAGGAACACAUUAAAAAAAUGAGUACGUUUUUGAAAAAGAAUAACAACUGUAAGGUUUUUGAUAGCAAUGCUGAAACUAAUAAAGAAAGAUUGCGUUUAUUUAAUCGGCAAGAUGUGGGUAUUCAUCGUAUUACAUCGUACACGGAAUACAGAAAAGUACAAGAUGGAGAAAGAAAACUUCUAGGAAAGGAUGGAAUGAAUGAAGACAUAAGGUUAGGACAAUUUCCUAAACAACCUGCUCAGCUUCAAUGCACGCCACAGACUCAAAGAAAUGUGAAAAGAAUUGUACCUCCGAGGCUACACCUACCCUACACCAGAUUUGGACGACAUACACGUCCACCUUCUGGUAAUUUACAGUAACACUUUUACCACAUCAUUAUUAUGUUUGCAAAUGAUUAUUACCUAGCCUGCAUGAUUGUAUAUAAGUAUAACUAGCUAGUGGUUGCAUAAUUAUACAAACGUUUAUUAUAACAAAAACUAAUUAGCUAUAACAAAAACUCUUGUUCUAUUAUAACAGUAAAUGUAAUUAACUUUAACUGUGUUCAAUUUUCUCUGGUAAUGAUGAUUCAUGA